AAUAGCGUUGGCGUUUCUUUCUCCUCUACCUGCGGUCGCGAACUAGGUGACAUUCAAGAAUAUUGGGGAGGGAAGAGAAUGAUAUGAGUUCUGUUCUCUCGUCCAUCUCAGAGACUGCAAGCUUACAGGGAAAAGGAUAGGAUCAAGCGUACAAAAUGAAAACGUAGAGCACCAUCAUUGUUUGUGAAAGUUCGCUUUGUUAGCCACUCCUGCACAUCCUGAGUUCCGCACACUGACAAACUGACACAUUAGAGCGAUCAUCUUCGAGAAUGUGCACAGACCCUUUCAGUGCCCUUGAGAUUUAUCAAGCCUUGACAGGCACCCUCGCUCGCACUCGACGAACAUUGCCUCCUUGCCUACUAGCUUCUCGCUCUCUUCUUUCCUUUUUAUCUCCGAUUCGGCACGCCUGGACGACCCAUGAGUUCCAGUUUCAGCUCUUGCUAUAAACCCACUACGAUGCGCAGCACAAGUGACAUUGUGGCAGCGCAGCAGUCCAGCACCUGCCUGUGCUGGACUGCUAUUUGACCAAUCGUGGACGACGAUUGUUAUUUCCCCGUCACUCCUCGCAACUGUGCACGAGGCGUUUCAUCGCUUGAUGCUCAUUCGCCAAGUAACGCGCGAUGACGACUCUUAUAUUAUUCAAUAUAUACGUGCAUCAUUCCUCUUCUCUCUCCUACAACCCCUUUACCCUCAGAAACCUUUAUGAGUUUAUCAAUUCAGUCAAGCUGUGAGAAUUUGGUACUUUUGUAUCAGAUAUUGCUAGCAGUGACAUGGUCUCUGGUGGGGUUUUCGUCAGUGGAAGCAGGAUCCGUUCGGCUGAAAAAUACUGGCAGCAUUAUGGUGAAAAAUAUUUUGGAUAAUUAUUACUGUAUAAUAGACUUUGGGAUCUUCGUCUAUGAAUUUAGAUUUGGCUAUGGCUCAUUGGCUGUAGGUUCGAAAGUGGCAAAGAAGACUUUUUCGGGUUGCGAGGUAGUGAUCCCUCCCAGUUGAAUCGGGUUGAUAAUACUGCAAUAAAGCUGAUGAGAGAAUUUGCCAUUAGG